GGCCCAGGAGGCGGUACCCUGAGAGGCCCAACCGGAAGGCCGGAAGGAGCGAGACCGGCAGGCAGCCGGCCCACCUUUUCCGCUCGGGGCCCGGAAGGGUGAUGUGGCUGGGGCUUCGCCGGCCUCACUAUGUCUGCCAUUUUCAAUUUUCAGAGUCUGUUGACUGUAAUCUUGCUGCUUAUAUGUACCUGUGCUUAUAUCCGAUCCAUGGCACCCAGCCUCCUGGACAGAAAUAAAACUGGAUUGUUGGGUAUAUUUUGGAAGUGCGCCAGAAUUGGUGAACGGAAGAGUCCUUAUGUUGCAGUAUGCUGUAUAGUGAUGGCCUUCAGCAUCCUAUUCAUGCAGUAACUUGGAAAAAUACCUGAAUUUAAUUGCCAUCAGAUUUCAAUAUAAAAAGGGGACUUAUCUGCAGAAAAUAAUGCAAAGAAUGGAUAACUUUGUUUCAACAUUGAAUGAGAUAAAUUCCCAGCUGCUGUUCUCUAUUUUGUUAUUGGACCAAUGUUCUAUAUAAUUAGGAUGUAACUAUUUAAUACUUAAAGAGUUUGUAGCAAUCAAUCUCAGUACUGUCACUACCAUAUUACAUUCUGCAAAUGUCAUUUCGUUGUGUCCAAUACCAGUUUUUAGUGAGGUAUCUCUAAGGCACAUAGUAGAAAAAUUUGGUAAAUUAUUCAAGUUCCUUUCACUGUGACUUGGAAGUGAUAUAUCUUUAUGGAAUGAGACCGUAUAUUGAACUAGCUUUUUUAUUGGGGAAAAAAGGGGUUCAAUUUGUGUUGCUAAGGGUUGCAUUCAUAUUUAAUAAUACUUGCUUUACCUCUGGCCACACCAUUUUGAGCAUUAACCAGAGUACCUCUACUCUUAACGAACUCUGUAGUUUAUAGCAGGUUUUCAAACUAUUUAAAAUAGGCCUGUGCCGUUCUAAGGAGAAAGAUAAAUGAGAUGUGACUUGAGUAGUAGUGAGAAAGUGUUCAUAUUUAACGUGAAAGGAUUUAGAAUAGCUGAUUGGUGUAGUCGCUCCUGCAGCCUCUCUGGUUAAGUAUGGAUAAAUGUCUUAAGCGUAAAUUUGACCAGCUGUCAUUUUCUAAGUAAAACUAUAUUCUUAGAAUAAAAAGAACAAAACAGAACAAUUACAAAAUGAUAAUCCUGUAUUGUGUAGAGUCAGGUCUCCACUUAUUUUAAUUACCCUAAAAUACAAACUGUAUUUUUUUUGUUUUUUAAUACAGCACUUUGAAUCUGGUUUAUGUUUGUCUGUCAACUUGAACUGGAAUCUCUUAUGUAACUUAAUAGGUGAUGAUUAAUUGUUUUCAAAUCUACUGAUCCAUGGACCAUCUUAGCCAGAAAUUGCCCAUUAUAUAUAGUAUUAAUUAGUUAUUUUUCUCAGCUAAUUGUUCUCCCUAUAAAGGUAAAAAGAAAACAAAUUUUUUAAAGAAAAUAGAAUUAUUUUAAAAUGAGUCUGCUAGUAACGCUUUCUGCAGAAACAAGACAUAGAUCUGAAAGCCACCUCUUUUUAAAAAUUAAACUACUUAGAAAGAAUUCUAGGAAACAUCUAAGAAAAGCUGGGUAUGUGUUGCCAACUUUUUCUUUUUCUUCUUUUUUCAAAAGAUAAAAGCUGCUUGUAAGCUGACAAUAUAUUUUAUUUUACAUUUUUGGCCUAUCUAAAGCUGGUUUAAAGUGUUAUAUUUUGCUUUAGAUAGAGAAUCAGGUUAUGGUAAUUGUUCCUAUUCUGAACUUUCUGUUGGGCUUUGCAUUAGGUCAAGGAUUUUCAGGGUAUCCCCAAAAUAGUACUCUCUUGUCAGCAUAUAUACAUGCAGAGUAAGUCACCUUUCUGGGUCUGCUUGCUUAUCCAUCUGUUGUCCAACUCUGCUGCCAACUAGUCUUUCCAGAAGCUAUGUCAACUAACUUUUCACAUGUUAGAUGAGUCUAAUACAAAAAAAAAAAAAAUAGAUGAAAAUUCUAGGUAAUCAAUUCUAAGACAUUUCUUUAAUUUGGCAUUUUGGAGGAUAUAGGAGGAAGAUAGAGGAAGCAAUAAUUUCUUUGGAAAAUCUGUGGUAAUAUAUAAAAAUUUGAACUCUGUAGAUUCUGAACAGAGUGGGAGGCAACUUAUUUCUGACCCCAGCCAUUCUGACCUUUUGAGACCUAAGCUGUUUUGGAGGUGGGAGAAAGACACAGGAUUCUAUGAAUAAAGGCAGUUACCAUUUUCUUUAAUGUAUUGCUUUCAAAGAUUUACCACUGAAUCCUAUUCUAUAACCCAAAAGGCAGUGUAGGUAGUUUUAAGCCUAGGGAAUAUUCAGAUAUUCCCUUUGUGGCGUUGGUGGGAUGGGAGGAUGCAGAAGAGGAAUAAGGAUCAGGUUCCACAUCUGAUGGACUGUUGCUGUCACACAGUCUUACUGAGGGGCUGGAUGGCAUAAUGGGCACUGCAGUUCACAGAUUACUACGUUCAGUUACUCCCCCUAACCUUCCUGGCUUCAGAAUCUUUUUAUUCCAUCUCUCCUAGAAUUUGUUUUGUACUGAUAAUUAGUUCCUGGUUGGCCUCAGCUCUGCCAAUGGUAGGGGCAUGUCUUCUUUCUAAGCAGUCUUAAAAGAUAGUCAGUCAAAACGCCACAUAGUGUGUCGAAUUCCCUCUGUGGCUUAAAGUUUAGAAUCAAGUCCAGUGUCUCCUCAGUGCCUGUGCCGCUGGUCGAGGCACUAUCCUGAAUGCUCUUACAUAUUCAAAUUCCAAAUAGCCCUUUUGUGCUAGGGAUAACAGUAAUAUGCAAUGUGUAAUAGGCUCUUUCAUCUUAGUGAUAUGCAGACCAGCCUAGUUUAAUCUUAGGACAAAAUAGAAGUUUGAAUGAACUAACUUCUCCAAGUUUACAAAAUCACAAAUAAAACUAAGAUCUCUGCUUAGUUUUGUGAAAAGAACUAGGACUUGUAAAUAGAAUAUUUGUGUUUCAUUAUUCUUUCAAGAAACAUAUAGUAUAUUACCACUAAGGAUAGAUAAGUACAUUUUCUUCCUUCCAGUAGUCAUAAAGUAGUAGUGGGUGAAAGAGCAUUUAUAAUUGAGAUAAUGCCAGGUUUCUAGAAGAAAAUAAGGGUGACAACGCAGUCAGGGAUAUGAACUUCGAAAGAAGCAAUGCCUAAGCUGAAUUUAAGAGCAAUAUGCAAAGGCACCAGUGGUAUAUUGACCAUAAGUACCUAGCUUGUGCCACCUGGGGGUUAGUAAGAUAAGCCUAGAAAGGUAAGCAGAGGUUAGAUCCUAGAGGGUGUAUAUUUUUCUCAUUUCCUAUUACCUACCUCAAAAUUGAAGCUUAAUAUGUGUUCCCUCUUGCCUAACCCAAAAAAAAAAAAAAGUCAACAAAAAAAUAAAAUCCUUCCUUGGUGAAUAUAUAAACAAGGUUGAACAUAUAUAUUGGCCCAGGAAUACAAUAGCAUAUGCUUCAGAGACUCACCUGCUAAGUAUAUAUAGCAAUGGCAACCGGGUCAAGUAUUUUUAAGAACCCUAGUCACCCACACUCCAUCAGUGCCAAAGCAGCCAUGAUUGUUAAAGCACACAUCAGCACAAGAGCAGACAUUUCUUGGGUGUACAAAAAAAUAUUUACAAUAAGCAAGGACUUAAUGCUCUUUUCAAAGCCUGUGAGAGGUUACUGGAUCAUGGGAAGCUAAAAACAAGAAUGGAAAGACUGCUUUUUACUCUCUUGGUAUUCAGUAACAAUAGAUGUUCAGAAGAUAAGUAGCUGAGCACAGCAAGUACACAACUAACGUCGUUUUGUUAUAAUAUUGAUGAGAUGCCUUAGGAGCUUAACUCUUGUUUAUAUCCAUUAGCCUAUGGCGAACUUGCUUUUGCUGUACAUAGUUUUAUUGAAAGUCAGAACCUAUUGAUGUUAAGUGAGAACUCUAAUAGCGUUGUGGAUACUGUACAGCCUUGUUCUCAAUAACAAUUAGCAAGUUACACUAGCUUCCAGAAAUAGCUUCACAAUUAUGUCAUUUGUAUAUUGCCCUCCAUGGUGUCUUUUACUUUGCCCUAAAUUAAUCCCAAAUUAUCUGAAAUGCCACUCCAAUGUCAGAAAAAAGGGGGAGAAUUGGAAAUACAUUUCCUGUGAUUUUAAGAGUGCAAUUAAUCAUCUUUCUUUGGUUAGUCAUCAUGCCUAUGGUGUAUAAUAAAGAUCAAAAUGAACUCUCAA